GGGGUGGUUCCAGAGGCACAUGAGAAGCGUGAUGCCGUUGUUCUACUUCCAGAGCAACCGGUACUUCCGCCGCCUGCUCCAACUCGAGGUUCAAGUGGUUGGAUCCCCGUGGAUUCUCUAGGAGUCCACGUUUUAUGCCCAUAACAGUCGCAAGGAAAACAAGAUGGCAGAGGAAGCUGGAGAUGAAAAGAAACUGGUGGCCAAGUUUGAACUGGAGAGGGAAACAGAGCUUCGCUUUGAAGUUGAAGCCUCGCAAACUGUCCAACUGGAGCUUUUGACAGGCAUGGCUGAGAUCUUUGGAACUGAAUUGACACGCAACAAGAAAUUCACUUUUGAUGCUGGUGCUAAAGUGGCUGUCUUCACUUGGCAUGGCUGUUCAGUGCAGCUUACUGGUCGGACUGAAGUGGCCUAUGUGUCCAAAGACACCCCCAUGCUGCUGUACCUCAACACCCAUACAGCCCUGGAGCAGAUGCGGUGGCAGGCUGAACGUGAAGAUGAGCGGGGGCCUCGGGUCAUGGUGGUGGGCCCUACAGAUGUAGGCAAGUCAACUGUUUGCCGCCUGCUGCUGAAUUAUGCUGUGCGCUUAGGGCGGCGGCCCACUUUUGUAGAGCUAGAUGUAGGUCAGGGUUCAAUCUCUAUUCCAGGCACUAUGGGGGCUCUCUAUAUUGAGCGUCCUGCAGAUGUUGAAGAAGGUUUCUCAGUUCAGGCCCCCCUGAUCUAUCAUUUUGGGUCCACCACACCUGGUACUAACAUCAAGCUCUAUAAUAAGAUCACAUCCCGCUUGGCAGAUGUCUUCAACCAGCGCUGUGAAGUUAAUCGUCGGCCUUCAGUCAGUGGUUGUAUCAUUAAUACCUGUGGGUGGGUGAAAGGAUCUGGGUACCAGGCACUUGUACAUGCUGCUUCAGCCUUUGAAGUUGAUGUUGUAGUAGUGCUGGACCAGGAGCGCCUUUACAAUGAACUGAAGCGAGACCUGCCACACUUUGUUCGAACAGUGCUGCUCCCCAAGUCUGGUGGAGUAGUGGAGCGUUCCAAGGACUUCCGACGGGAGUUUCGGGAUGAACGCAUACGUGAAUACUUCUAUGGUUUUCGAGGAUGCUUCUACCCACAUGCCUUUGAUGUCAAGUUCUCAGAUGUUAAGAUAUACAAGGUGGGAGCCCCUACCAUCCCUGACUCAUGUCUGCCCCUGGGCAUGUCACAAGAAGAUAACCAGCUUAAGUUGGUACCAGUUACACCUGGACGUGACAUGGUACACCAUCUGUUAAGUGUUAGUACUGCUGAUGGCACUGAUGAGAACAUCUCUGAGACUAGUGUGGCUGGCUUCAUUGUAGUCACUGGAGUGGAUUUGGAGCGGCAGGUCUUCACAGUGCUCUCACCAGCACCUCGUCCAUUGCCCAAGAACUUCCUGCUCAUCAUGGACAUUCGUUUCAUGGAUCUCAAGUAGAUACACUUCAUCAUAGAUAAACCAUUAUGAGGAGAAUAGCAUUACCACGAAGACUGGGGAAAGGAGGGGAAAAAUGGAAUCCUCAUAAGAGUACAUUUUGAACAAUCUUGAAAUAGUCCUUUCAGUUUUACUAUACGUUAGAAAGAACCACUUUGUAGAAUGGCGGAGGGUAAAACUGGGAGGACUUGUGGAUUUGAACUUAUGAACUGCUAUAACAAAGAAAAGUGGUGUGUGCUGAAUUUAGCUGGGUUGCAUUCUUCCUUGAGUCUUCUUUCCUCCAAUGAGUUUUCAGCCUCUGAAAUGGGAAUCCUUUCCUACACUGUCACUGUCUCAUCUCAUUGUGAUUAUUUUGUAGAGAGGGUGAAGUCUUUAUAUUUUUUAAUGUCAA